AAAUUAUUGUCUAAUUUAAAUUUUCAGUUUUAAUUCAAUUUGUAAAAAAAUGAAAACCAAAUUAGACAAUAAUUUGGAGACGAAAAGAGUAUCAUUAUUGGAUUGCGUGAGCGUGAUCAUUUAGACCUAUCAUCCAACCAUUCUUGUCUAUUAAGAACUGCGUGUAUUACUUAUUAUGUAUUAAUCGUAUUUUACUAAUAUUAUUACAACUGGCCUAUAAGUGAAACAGAGUGCCGAAUGAUUUCCUUUUACUUCAUUGAAAGGUGCAGCUAUAUAUAAACCUCAUCAUCUUCAUCAGGAGAGAACUAGGAAGGUUAUUGCAAAAAACACUUCCUCUUUUGUGAUUCACCAUCUUCCCAACCUUUGAUUAAAAAAAAACCACCAUGCCUUCAAAAAUGUCAAGUGACCUGGAGAUUCAAGUCCUAAACUCUAAGCUGAUAAAACCAUCAAACCCAACUCCACCUCACCUUCAAAAACUCUACCUCUCUCUGUUCGACCAGCUCGUGCCUCCUGUGUAUUUCAGUAUCAUUCUAUAUUACUCCGGGCCGCCGCCGUCGCCGGCCGAUGAUCGGAGCGUACCCACUAUUGCAGAAACACGAGCUCGAUUAGAGAAAACGCUGUCGGAGGAGCUGCCUUCCUUUUUCCCACUUGCCGGAAGGUUCAUCCAGGAUGAUUUCUCAAUUGAUUGCAAUGAUCAAGGGGUUGCCUAUUCAGAGGCUCAGGUGAGUUCCAAGCUUUCCGAUUUCCUCCGGCAAGGACCCCGGAUCGAGUAUCUCGAUAAGCUUCUGCCUUGGGAAUCCCCACCGGCAUCAAAAUCAGAUGCGAGCCCUCUCUUGGGAAUCCAGGUAAACACAUUUGAUUGCGGAAGCCUGGUUUUGGGCAUAAGCAUUUCCCACAUCAUUGCAGAUGCCGCUUCUUUGGGACAGUUUCUGAAUUCCUGGGCAAGAUCUAGCCAAAAUUGUUCGGAAAUGGCGUUUUAUCCGAGCCCAAAUUUCCAUCACGAUAUCGCAGUUCUUUUCCCUGCAAGAACUUCAGCAGAGGAUAAGGCCACACUUCCCCUGCCUCCAACACCAAAGCCCAAAGAAUUACAAUCCAAUAAUUCUCCAGAUAAGAUCGUGACAACCAGAUUGUUAUUUGGUCAGGAAACCAUAACAAAGAUCAAAGAAAACGCAGCCAAAUCCAAAGGGCCAGAUUCGUCGAUUUCGGAUAUCAAAUCGUCGAAAGUUGUCAUCGCAUUAGCCCUGUUAUGGAAAUCUUUCAUGUCUCUGGCAGCCGGCAAACACGGGUACACGAGAGAUUCCGUGAUAGCAAUUGCAAUGAACAUUAGAGGGAAACUCUCUCUACAGAUCCCAGAAACCUGUUUCGGAAAUUUCUGCGUAUCGAUCGUCGUACCGUUCGAGGCAAACAAGAACGGUAACAAGUUGCCGGAAGUCUACGAUCUGAUUAGUCUCUUGACGGAAGCGAUCAGGGAUAUGAACAACAGGAUUUACAAAGCGAAAACCGUCGAAGAAGUGUCGUCAAUAUUGAUCGAAUCGAGGAGAGGAUUGACGCAGAUAUGGGAUCAAGAGAGGAACAGAUUGAUAGAUGUUUACCGGACGUCGAGCUGGCGUGGGUUUCCGUUGUACGAGGUUGAUUUUGGUUGGGGGAAGCCGUUCUGGACGAGCGUCGCAACCCAAUGGGGACAGGGAGUUUGGUUAAUGGAUGCCAACAAUGGGGAUGGGAUUGAAGUUUGGGUGAGCUUGAAGGAGGAAGAUAUGGCGGAAUUCAAAAGGAAUCCAGAUAUUUUAGCAUUGCCGGUUCCGACAUCGGUAGUAUAGUAUAGUAGAUUAAUUUUGCAGGCCUCUCUCUCUGUUCUUGGUUAAUUCUUACAUUAGUUAUCUCUACAUAUGAUUAAUGAUGUGUAAUAAUCAGAAAUAUUCACAUUUGCAAUCAUCUAACUCAUUUUUAUGGUCACCAAAAUCUUAAGCGGAUUAUAUUUUUAUCCCUCUUACCCUAUUAAAGCAGAAGACAUGAAACUUAUGUGCCAAUUACGUGUGCAUCUAUUUUGGCUCUAAUGCACCAUAUUUCGAUUUGGAGUCUUUUCACACGUGUAGUCUCUUUUAAUUGAAGCUAUAUAAUUCUUUUUUAAAAAAACACAUGUUUUAGAUGUGACACUUAUCCAAUGAAAAAUUCUACAAAUAAGAAUCAGUUACAUUUCAAACGAAUGGAUAUAUUAAU